AUGAGUCAAAAUUACAAUAUUUUUAGUUUUACAUUUGUUAAUGAAGCAGAUAACGAACAGAUUCAGCUUGAUCAAUUAAGAAAAUUCCUUUACACUUAUAAUUUAUCGCAAUAUCUUGAUACUUUUAUCUCUGAAGGAUUUGAUAGACUAUCAUCUUUAUUUGAUAUUACUGAAUCAGAUUUAAUAACACUUUGUGUUAAAAGAGGACAUAGACGAUUACUCCAAAGAGCUAUAGUAACAGCUAGAGGUGUUCCCCUUGCUACGCCUAUUAUUAUAAACCAUGACAUUCAUGAACAAAAUGGCAAUGCUCUCAUGUAUUAUGAUAAUAACUACAUAGAUGCUAAUCAUAACCAUCAUAGAACACAAUCUACAAUAACGGAAAGGGAAAUACAAUAUUAUAAAAACAAUCAUAAACGACAAAGACAAAAAUAUACUCUAUCAAAACCAACAACAGCAUUUGAUAUACUAGUAAAUGAAGUAGCAAUAGGAUAUAAAGAUAAACUUGUAUCUUAUGAGAUAACCUUAUUGGCUUCUAACCUUUGGGAUAAUAUGACUCUAUUUGAAAAAGAAAAGUAUGAAAGAGAAGCAUUACGGGCAAAUACAAAUGGCUGCUAUGCUAUAAUGAAUAACAGUAGCAGUAGCAGUAGCAGUAGCAGCAGCCGUAGCAGUAGCAAUAGUAUCAGUAGUAGCAAUAGUAGCAGUAGUAUUAGUAGUAACAAUAGCAAUAGUAUAACUAAUAACGAACUUAAAAAUGAGGACCAUUAUCAUUCAAGACGUAUAUUGUCAAUAAGAGGAGAGAUAUUGUAA